GUAAGAAGGAAUAUUAUAUAUAUAUAACAAAAAAAUUAUAAUAUAUUAUAAAUAUAUAUAUAUUUUUUAAAAUCAGAAUUUAAAAAAUGUUUCUUACGUAUUUGUAAUAAUAUCUGUGAAUAUUACCGUCAGACAGUUUAUUUAACAUUGGCAACCCCCCCACAAAUAUUUUUUGUUGGUUGCUAUGCGGAUGAGGAUCUAAAAGUGGUUAGCAACUUAGGCUAAUGUUAGUCACGAACGGGAUCAUCAUUUUGAGAUUUAUCAGCCGGUGAAGUAGCAAGGGUCUUGGCUAAAUCUUGAAUAAUUUCUGUGACUAUGGCGGAGGGAGCGGGGAUAAAUUCAUUUACCUCCAGGGUUACAAAAAGAGUUAGCAAUGUGAACGCUGCUCCUGCACCCGCAAACAUGCGACGGAAAAGUCGACAACUAAGUCAAAGACGGACUACACACAACCGGGUGGUUCUGGAGCGGGUCCUGGGCAUCACCACCUCUAACGGCAGUGGGCUGGCCUGUGACCCCAACACUGGCCUGGUGGCCUACCCAGCUGGGUGUGUUGUUGUAAUCCUGCACCCAAAGAAAAACAAACAGACCCACAUCCUCAACACUUCAAGAAAAACCUUCACUGCCUUGGCCUUCUCUCAGGAUGGAAAGUAUUUGGUCACUGGUGAGAGUGGUCACAUGCCCUGUGUGCGGGUUUGGGACGUGGCCGAGCAGGCCCAGGUGGCAGAGGUACAGUGCCAUAAGUACGGGGUGGCCUGUGUGGCCUUCUCAACCAACAGCAGCUACAUCGUGUCCGUAGGCUACCAGCACGAUAUGACCGUCAGCGUCUGGGAGUGGAGGAAGGGGACGGUGAUAGCGUCCAACAAGGUGUCUAGCAGAGUUCUGUCCGUCUCCUUCUCUGAAGACAACAGCUACUUCGUCACGGCAGGAAACCGACACGUCAAGUUCUGGUACCUCGACGCCUCUAAAGAGAGACGGGUGAACAGCACGGUGCCUCUGAUUGGCCGAUCAGGAUUGCUAGGGGAACAGAGGAACAGCAUGUUCUGUGGUCUGUCGUGUGGGCGGGGCAACAUGGCCAGCAGCACCUAUUGCAUCACUUCCUCUGGCCUGCUGUGUCAGUUCAACAGCAGGAGGAUGCUUGACGCCUGGGUGGACCUCAAGACCACCUCUGCUCGUUGUCUGUCGGUGAACGAAGUGUUUAUCUUCUGUGGCUGUGCAGACGGUACCGUCCGACUCUUCAGCCCCCAGAACCUUCACUACAUCACCACCCUGCACCGGCCACACUGCCUGGGAGUGGACGUCACACAGGGUCUUCAGCCAGGGCAUCUUUUUGUUGCCGACCCCAAGGCAGAAUACCCAGACACCCUAGCCUUGACCUUUGACCCUGUAACCCGUCACCUGACCUGUGUGUACAACGAUCACAGCGUGUACGUCUGGGACGUCCGUGACAUCAAGAACGUAGGGAAGGUCUACUCUGCCCUCUACCACAGCGGCUGUGUCUGGAGUCUAGAGACAUACCCUGACAUGGAUCUGUCCCGCUCCUGUCUGCCCCCUGGGUCUUUCCUCACCUGCUCUUCAGACAACACCAUCCGGCUGUGGCACAGCGACCCGGGACUGGUGCAGGGAACCAGCUGCCUGCGUAACCUCUACAGCCACGAUCUGUUGAGGAUUGUGUACGUGGGGGAGGAUACCCAACACCUUCAGACGGAUGUGGAGAGAGGAGAGGGGAGCGGGAUGGACGCCAAGUCAGGGAUCAGAGUCCUGGGCAUCAGUCCUGAUGGACAACAUCUGGCGGCUGGAGACCGCAACGGAAACGUACAUAUAUUUGGUCUACAGUUCAUGGAUCAGCUGCAGAAGAUUGAAGCUCACGACUCUGAGGUGCUGUGUCUGGAGUUCUCCCCUGCAGAGACUGGGCUUCACCUGCUGGCGUCGGCCAGUCGAGACCGUCUCAUUCACAUCUUCAACAUGGAGAAGAGCUACAGUCUGGAGCAGACCGUCUAUGACCACUCUGCCUCCAUCACCGCCAUCAAGUUCACUGGAGUCAGCCCAGAGGUCCUCAUGGUGAGCUGUGGUGCUGAUAAGAGUAUCUACUUCCGCACUGCUGAACAGUCUUCGGAGGGUCUGAACUUUGCCCGUAGUCACCACGUAGUAGAGAAGACCACUCUGUAUGACAUGGACCUGGACGCUACACACACACACACCGCCAUCGCCUGUCAGGACCGGAAUAUCAGAGUGUACAACGUGAAGAGUGGCAAGAUGAAGAAGUGUUUCAAAGGUUCUACAAGUGACGACGGAACACUGCUGAAGGUUCAGAUGGACCCCGCUGGGAUCUACCUAGCAACAAGCUGCUCUGAUAAGAGCAUCUGUAUCUUUGACUAUGAGUCAGGAGAGUGUGUGGCCACCUUGUUCGGUCACUCAGAGAUUGUGACUGGGAUGAGGUUCAGCCAGGACUGCAGACACCUCAUUACCAUAUCUGGAGACAGCUGUGUGUUCCUGUGGAGGCUGGACUCCCAGAUGACUAACUCUAUGAGGAAGAGACUGGCUGAGAGGAAACGGACAGCUGGAGUGACGACUACCGCCAAUGCACCGACCAAGGAGCAUCUUAUCCGGAGAGAGACCUUCAUCAGUGUGCCAUUGGGCCACCUCCCCCAGACAGGAGAGGAAGAGGAGGAAGAUGAUCCCAGGACUCCUGCUAGAUGUGACAUCACUCAUGACUUCCUUGCUCUUGACCCCAUGGUUCCACAGACCAACGGCAAACUGCCCAUGUGGGCCAGGAAACUGGGUCCUGCAGCAGGCACCACUGUUCUCCCUGCCGAGCUCCAGCCAGCACACCUCCAGCCGCGCGGGCGCUGGGCAGAGCAUCUCAACCCCCUGGCCAUCCGCUCUGUCCUGGAGACACACAGCCUGCAGCGCCCUCUCUCCCCCACCCCCCGCAGAGCAGAGGGACCAGGAGAGGAGGAGGAGGAGGAGGAAGAUGAGGAGGAAGAUUCAUACUUCCACCCUCAGAGCCUGGACAGCCUGCUUGGAGAGGAGGAGGAAGAGGAAGAUGUGGCAGUGGUGGAGGAGGAGGAAGAUGUGGUGGAGGAGGAGGAAGAUGUGGUGGAGGAGGAGGAAGAUGUGGUGGAGGAUGACGACAACGAAGAUCAGGGUUCUGGGUGUCUUCAGAGGCCUGGGUUUCUGGCCCUACCGGACAGUGACGACAUGUUUGGUCCAGGCCUCAGUAGCUACGUUCUUUACCCGGCUAACAGCACCACGCUGUCCACUGGAGGAGGAGAGGGUGAGUUUGGCCAGCGGCAGCAGGGCUGGGGAGGAGAGGACGAGCUGAGUCCAGACAGCGCCUGUUGUGUUGGUUCUGCAGAGAGCCAGGACCAACCCCAGGAUGAUACUGACUCCCUCAGCCAGGUGAGUUCUACAGGUAGUUCUGGAGUGGAGGAAGAGGAGGAAGAUCCACAGACACUCCUUAGACAACACUUUGACACCAUGGCCAACCACCUGAGCAACGAGGAGAGGUUUGAGACUGACCUGUCCAGUCUGCAGUCUCCACCCAUAGAGACGGAGAGCCUCUUCCUCAACCCCCGAUUCAGCAUCUCUACACGUUUCCUGUCUCGUUUCCAGAGCCGACUCCGUGGUCCUGGUUCUGCCCUGCGUCCUGCUCCUCUCCCGCCCAGCAUCACCGAGGAGCCCAGCAGCCACUCCUCUCCUGACCCGACCCCCAGCCUCAACACUACUCAGGCCAACUCCAAGCAGUUUGUCGUGAGCAGUACUACAGAAUCUGUUCAAGAGGAGAGCCAGACCCCUGUGAGGGGUGCAGAGUGUCAUCCAACGUCUUUAAAGAGGCGCUCCUCUUCGGUCCAGCAGACUCCCCAACCCCGCCAUCCCCUACGCAGCCGCAAAACCAUAGCUGUUCUACACUGGAGAGACACUCUGGGAGAUGUGUCCGAUAAAACCCUGAGGUCUCAGUCUAGUGGUCCGUCAUCAUCAUCCGGCUCCACCCUCAAACCCUCCCAGCCCGGCCUGGACAAGGAGCCCCUGCCCCGGCUGCCUCGCCAGCGUUACAUGGGCACCACCACCAGCUCCAGAGCCAAGAGGUCCCAGGGUGAGGGCCUGAACAUCUCCCCGACUGAGGAGCACCCUGCUGGGGGGAAGAUCAUGGAGGCGAGCGCCUCAUCCCUCCAGGACCUCCAGUACGUUACAGACCCGGAGUGCAAGGAGAAUCUGCCGCCCCCUGUAGUCCCGCCCCCUGUAGUCCCGCCCCCUGUAGUCCAGCCCCAGUCCAGCCCCCUGUAUCCCACACCACCACCCCUUCCUCAGUGGAGCCUCCUUCUCCUGCGGGGAACCACAGAGCCAGAGCAGCUCUCCACCUGGACCUGGCUGUGUCCUCUGACCCCCCCACCCUAACCUUCCCUCUGGCCUCCCACAAGUCCCAGAGGAGGUUUGGAGACUCGACCCGU